UUACGGACAAAGUGGUCUUCGAAGGAAUUGAUAAGACAGUCUCACCACCGAACGGUAGCCGAGGUUUAAUUGAGUCCACCGUUCGUCACCGUCAAGUGUGUCGACGGACUAAAUCGGUAUGGUUCUCCCAUGUUCAUCACCGUCCCGUGGUGCGUGUGCGUAAAAGAAACGGACCGUCUUGGUACUGCAGUCGCAUUCCCCGUACGCAAAACAACGACGAAACAGUCGUGCACGAUAAGAACGCAGCAAGAAGUGGCCGGCGGUUCGCGAAUCUAUCCAACAAAACGUCUUUGUCGUUGGAGGUGUGUGUGUGAUUUUUUGCCCCUCUUCACAAUGGUUGGUGGUUCCACCGUUUUCUGAACAGUGACCACCACGGUAACAUUGCUGCACGCAACAAUUCCGUCGUUGCGAGCAUUAGAAUCCGCUUCGUGUGCGCUAGUGAGGGUGUUUGCUUGCGUGUGUGAGACACAGAGUGGACGAUUUUGUACACACAAAUUAGCUCGUUUUAAUCAUUGCCCGCCUUAAAUCGAUCGAUACAUUCUGGAGCGUUUUGGACCCGUGGUUGAUGUGAAAAUGUGCAAAGAAACAAUGGAACUGAAACCACCGAAGCUGUCCUAGUGGCAGAUUUUUGUUCUCUCUCGAUUUCCUUUGCGUAGCCAAUGCCCGUAUUAUCUCGUGAUGUUCCUUUAAACGCCAUCAACCUGUUUGUAAAUUUUGCUCAUUUUCUUCGGUUGUGUGCCACUUUGUGACGCUCUGCUUUUGUUCUCCGACGUUCUUAAGUGUGAGUGAGUAAUUGUGUGAUUCACAAGUGGUCUCGUGAAUCUCGUCUGUACCGACCCCACACAGGGGCCGGGAAUUGGGAGCCAACGGUUUUGGCUACUAGACGGGGCAAAACCAUAUCAGCAACCGUAAACCAGCAGAUCGGCGUUCCUUCUUGGGCAUAUACAGGCGCGCGCAUCGGCACAAAGCACGCGACGCACAACCCGAUACGAUGGCUAGGUCGGGAAGAUGGGAAAUGUUAAAAAUAAUUACACACCUUACGCUAAUCCUGCUGUCCGGUGACACCUGGCACCCGGUGGAGAGUAGGUCAGUUGGCACCCAGGAACCGGGGCCUGCAUCCCCGGAUGUGCAGCCGAAUGCAGUCGCCAUCCCUCGUGUGGAGAUUGUCGCUGCCUUGGCUGAUACUGGGGACAAAUUGUUGCUGUACACCGUGGGCAAUGGACGCUCGUUUGUCGUCGAUCGUCGCCAGAUGGAGUGCCACGAGCAGGUACACGUGUACGAAACCUUACUGCCGCCAGAACUUACGGCCGUGUCGAAGGAGGACGAGCAGUACCUGAGAAGUGGCGAUAUUCCCUGCUGGUCGGCCCAAGGAUCACCGGUGAUGAUCGUGCUAAAGGAUGGAGUUGAAAUGCAACCAAAUCACGGUAAUGAUCGGACGCACAACACAGCAACGCGAAAAAAACGCAACAUCCCUGGAGGUAUUGGGACGAACAGUUUCAAGACAAUGAACGCCGAACGCAGUGGGACAAACGAUCAAAAAGAACUGCGCAUCGAGGGAUUUCGGAUCGAGCAUGCAGAUGUAGCGCCCGAAAUGGUAGAUGGAGUAACGUCCGUACGCGUUAAUUCGCCGGUAAAGGUGCGCUUGUUUGGAAGAGCCAUAACGCCCGACACCGUCAUCGUAUUCACGCACGAACCUUCACGGUUCCUUGGUUCGUGUCAGAUACCGGUCACGGAGAAGUUUCGCGUGAUGAAUGUGGAAGAUAGUGGCAGAAGUGCGCUGGUAGAGAUCGAGUUACCGGAGGUGAUCAAGAACAAGAAGUACUUCUAUAUGUGCGCAAAGUACGAAAGCACCGAUGCGUUAGAAAGAUCGGAAGAGAACGAAAAGGAAGCUACCAAGGAUACGCCGUUCCUACAUCAGGGAUUGGAUUCGUGGAUGCGUUUGACCACCAAUAAACCAUUUCUGCCAUUCUGGCUGUCGAUAAUGGUCAUAGGCUUCUGUCUCAUGUUUUCGGCGCUCUUCUCCGGCCUUAAUCUGGGUCUAAUGUCUUUGGACAGAACUGAUUUGAAGAUCCUGUGCAAUACGGGCAGCGAUAAGGAGAAGCAAUACGCUAAUGCGAUCAAACCGGUGCGGGAUAUGGGAAACUAUUUGCUGUGCAGCAUUCUGCUCGGCAACGUGCUAGUCAACUCAACGUUUACCAUUCUGCUGGACAGUCUCACCUCAGGGCUGUUUGCCAUCGUUGGUUCCACGAUCGCAAUUGUAAUUUUUGGCGAGAUCACUCCACAGGCUAUCUGUUCACGACACGGACUUGCGGUGGGAGCAAAAACGAUCUUGAUAACGAAGGCGGUGAUGGUGCUUACCUUCCCAUUGUCGUACCCUACCUCGAAGAUACUCGACUUUCUUUUGGGCAAGGAAAUUGGUAAUUUCUACGAUCGCGAGCGUCUCAAGGAACUGGUUAAGGUUACCAACGAUGUUAACGAUCUGGAUAAAGAUGAAGUGAACGUCAUCGCCGGUGUACUGGAGCUGCGCAAAAAAACGGUACAACAAGUGAUGACACGUCUUGAAGAUGCGUACAUGCUUUCCAUUGAUGAUACACUAGAUUUUGAAAAAAUUGCUGAAAUCAUGCAGUCAGGUUACUCACGUAUUCCCGUGUACGAUGGGGAAAAUCGUGAAGAAAUUUUAUCGAUUUUGCACAGCAAGGAUCUAGCUUUCAUCGAUCCGGAUGAUAACACGCCAAUCCGCCAGAUGUGUGAAUUUUACAUGAACCGGUUACACUACGUCUUCUACGAUCAGACGCUGGACGUGAUGUUCAAGGAGUUCAAGACUGGUGCGUUUGGACACAUGGCGUUCGUCCAUCGGGUGAAUGCGGAUGGUGAUGGUGAUCCGUUCUACGAAAUCAUUGGUCUCAUCACGAUGGAGGACGUCCUCGAAGAGCUGAUCCAGGCGGAAAUUAUUGACGAAACGGACGUCUACACGGACAACAAAAACAAGAUACGGCGCAAGGGUAUCAAGCGACCGGACAUUCCCACGUUCGUGCAUCGUCCCGCUGAUACCGACGAACAGCGUCUGCGCAUUGGGCCGCAGCUAAUGUUCGCCACGUAUCAGUACAUAUCAACUGCGGUCCCAGCAUUCAAGCGCGUUGUGAUGUCAGAAACAAUGCUGCGACGUUUGUUAAAUCAAAACAUUUACCAUCAGAUCAAGAUCAAGAGCAAGGAUCGGAAAGAUCGCGUUGACAUUAUCAACCGUGGCACUCCGAUCGACUAUUUCGUGCUGAUACUUGAGGGACGUGUUGAGGUAACUGUCGGCAAGGAGGAUCUUUUGUUCGAGAGCGGACCCUUUACUCAUUUUGGACUGCAAGCGAUUGUACAGAGCGCAAGCAACGAACAACCGCUCAAUACACAGCAGGAAAUAUUGGGGUCACUUGAAUCCAUCAAUCGCGAUGAAAGCAUUCGAGAAAAUUUCACUCCAGACUACACCGUGCAGGCGAUUACUGAUGUGUUGUAUAUGCAGAUUCCACGUAAACUGUAUCUGGAUGCCAAGCGCGCUACGUUGCGGGAACGUUCGCAGAAACUGGGCGAUCAAUCGAUGGAUCCGAUCGAUCCGGAGGUGGAACAGCUAAUGCACUCGCUAGAAAAAGGCGACCAGAACAGUAUGACCGUCAAUUCCGGUGCGCCGGCUAGCAAAUCAUCAAGCGAUGUAGCGUCCCCGACUACGGCUUUAAAUGAACAGGAACAUCGAUUACAUAUACAAAAGACACGGGAAUUGUCACUGGGAACUCCGAAUCGGAUCCCAGCAGUGUCCCAUUGCUGCCAAAGCCAUAACCCACGGUGUUCCUCAUUGUGCUGUACUACCCUACAGUGUACAGUACCGUCAGCACAUCCGCCCAUUCAUGAACUCCAUCAUCACUACCAAAAUCAACACCGGAAUCACUGUUCAAUCGAUAGGAGUGUAUCGUCCGACUGUUGGAUGACGUGCUAGUUUGCGCGUACAUUGGCACCGUUCGCGUGCGGUCUCGAUUUACUUCCACUUUCACUAGGAUCCCUAUUAUUACUACUUGUUCUAUAUUUACUAUUAUCGAGGUGUUACCUAGAGUUUACCAGGGUUUGUGCUAAUAGCAAUCGAGUUGCAUUUUGUUUUAAAACAUAAUUCAAAUGAUAUAAAAAUUGCACAAUGCACGUGCAGCAUAACUAUAGAUGCUAGUGAGAUUUGUUGAUGUUGGUGUAUCUGUUGUUUGCGACGAGUGUAGAUUAUGAAUUAUAAAUAUUAUUUAUGGUUGACGUUUGCGGUGCUACAACCCAACGCCACCAUGACGGAGAAAGACUUAAGCAAAAUACGAAUCCUUGGGCGGGUAAGCCAUUGCCGAUCGCGGUAGUGGCUGCUCUCGAAGCAAUCGUUUAGAGCCUUCGCAAUCAAUUCCUUCACACAGAUAAUCUACACCUGAGCGUACAAAGGAGCGUGCCUGUUUUUCCCAUAUCUCGGAUUAGGGAAUUGGCCUCGCGAAAUAGUAUCGCGUAAGUGUUAAAAUCGAUCAGCUUCAUUUGUAGAGAAAUGCAUACAAAAUAGAAUGGUUCGGGAAGAGAAGCCAAAAGCACCGUGUGCUAUAUUUAUCCUAGGACGAGCAUUCGUGCGCGAUGUACUUACGGAAAGGCACGGGAAUGUACCGCGUUGUUUUGUCUGUAGCAAUGAAACCCAAAAAGUGAAACCAAAACGAAGUUCGAGCUGGUGCGUAGCAAUAAUGCGUAUAGCGAAUGUAUAAUAAUUCGAAAUUGAACGGAAACGGACGUAUCAAUAGCUCGUGAAAGGAUGUACUAAAUGCUGUACGAAAGCAACAACAACACAAAAAAAAACAACUCACCUAGAAUUAGCUAAGUGACAACGAUUAGGGGAACAAAUGGAAUCGCCAGUACGUGGUAGUGCACCGACGCAGAAUACACGGGGCACUCGAGUGUUUUUGUUUUAGUUGUACGUUUCAACUUUGUUUAUUGUUUUUUUCGUUGUUGUAGUAGCAAUCGGUUGGUAGAAAGCAAGCGAAUCAAAUAACGACACAAAACCUAACGAUAGGAGAAUGAGUACGCGUGAUCGCAUACUACGGUGCUGCAUGAGCGAAAGAGGUGGCAAGAUGUAGUAGAUGCAUUUGUGUGCAACAGGCGAAGCGGAUUUCGCAAACAAUUAUUUUUCACACUUCUAGUAGAUGAAAACGAAUACUGCAGAGAAUAUAUAGGUGCGCCU